UCAUUCUCGAGAACUUAACUUGUCACUUGUGCAACCAUGUCAGGAGUGCCCCCGGCUCCCUCAGCUGCUCCAGCCAAACCUGCAAAGAGAAGGUCCUCAAAGGCCAGGAAAACCGGACCCACUGUGUCCGACCGUAUUCUCAAGGUAGUGGCUGCAUCCAAAGAACGCGGUGGUGUUUCUCUCGUCGCCCUGAAGAAGGGUCUUGCAACCAGCGGCUAUGAUAUAGGGAAGAACAACGCGCGCAUAAGGCUUGCAGUGAGACGCUUGGUGACCAAUGGAAGUCUCAUUCAGAUAAAAGGCACUGGGGCCUCUGGGUCUUUCAAGAUCGGGAAGAAACCAGUGGUCAAGAAAAAGCCUAUAAAGAAAGCCAAGAAGCCCAAUGCCAAAAAAGCCAAAAAGCCUAAACGGGCGGCAGCAACGAAAGCAACAGGUACACCAAAGAAGCGCAGGAGGAGGUCAAAGAGUCCAAAGAAGGCAAAGAAACCAGCUGCAGCCAAAAAGCCGAAAAGUCCCCGGAAGGCUAAACGCAGAGUAUCCAGAGGGAAAACCAAAAGGGUUGCAGCCAAGAAGAAGUGAAUGCGUCGUCUACCUGGACACGCUUUACAACUGACGCAGAGGGUCAUGUAACAUUUUGUCCAUAAGUGCAACAUUUUGGAGACCUUGCUUCAAUUUACAGUACUUGGACUUGUUUCUGGCCUUAAUAUCAUACCUUUAACAUAUGCAUAAGAGUAUGUGUAAAGCUCUAGAACAAAUUUUACAUUGCUUGUAAAAUAAAAACUAUUCAUUUCACAA